UCCGCCUGUGACCCGCGCGCGCGCCUGUCUCUGCAGCAGCCGGCCACGCCCCCUCGGUGGCGAGUGGAAAAUUACCAGCUUACAAUCAGCCCCAAGUACAAGCUCUGACAUCCGCUAGAGACGGAUUGAUCGCCCCGAUCGCCUCCACAGUUAAUCUCUGCUUCCAUUCCCCCUCUCAGACAAGUCUGACAUUGCUUUUAAAGGCUUUUAAAAUAGUACCGAGUCGAUAGAAGUUACUAUUUAAGUUAUCUAACCGCUUCUGACUCACCGCGGCGUCGAAUUCUAAACAAUAUCACCAUAAUAAUUAAAUACUCAGAGGAUAACAUAUCAGCAACGUAAUAAAAAGAAUCACUUUUUCAUUUAUUCAGCGAUUAAUACUAGAAUUUAAAACUCCACUCUGCAGCGAGUCCGCCUGAUCUUUUCCUCUUUGCAAGGGCGGAGCUGUUGGCGUUCGGGGGAGCUUCGCGAAAUUGAUUGAGCUUUGAUUGACAGGAGUGUACGCCAAUGGGACGUCAGCGCGGGCGCCCUUGCUGUCAGUUGAGCCAAUGGCGUAGCAGGAAGGGCGUGACGUUAAUCCAAACUUUUUCGCGGCGCCGACGGCUGAAAACUAAACCGAGAUGGAAUCUCCCAGUCUGAACCGGUUUCAACCGGUUAUGAGUUUGUUGCUUGUGAGGAGAAGAAGAAGGCACAGACUCACGGUCUCUCUCUCACUCUCUCUGUCUCCUAAAAGCGCUGCAAAGAAAAAAAUACAUCAAGUAAAAGACAAGAUUUGUUGAUCAAGGUUAAGUUUAUUUCGUAAAAUGACUCGGGUUGAGGAGGUACCUUAGCUUUGCCGUGAUUGUGAGUGCGCUGCAGUGGUCCUUAUCAGAAAGCAACUAGCUGAAGCUAGCAUAACGUUUUUUACUCAUCCUAGGAGCAGUGAGGCUAGUCAGCGUAUUCCUAAUUCAUCCAGACAACAACAACAACAACAACGUUACUGGAGCUAGUUGAGGUGACAUAAGGGUUUUUUUUAGCAACUCUGGCAGAAAAAGCAGACCUUUCUUUCAAAGGCUUGGACUUUCGAGCUCUAUGCCAGCAGUUAUGACAAUGUUAGCUGACCACGCAGCCAGACAGCUGCUGGACUUCAACCAGAAACUGGACAUUAAUCUCCUGGAUAACGUGGUUAACUGCUUGUACCAUGGAGUGGGACCGCAGCAAAGAAUGGCCCAGGAGGUCCUCACACAUUUAAAGGAGCACCCGGACGCGUGGACCCGAGUGGACACCAUCCUGGAAUUCUCCCAGAACAUGAACACCAAAUACUAUGCUCUGCAGAUCCUGGAAACAGUUAUUAAAACGAGAUGGAAGAUUCUGCCCAGAAACCAGUGUGAAGGAAUUAAAAAAUAUGUUGUGGGCCUCAUUAUCAAGACGUCUUCUGAUGCAGCCAGUGUGGAGAAGGAGAAGGUGUACAUUGGAAAACUUAACAUGAUUUUAGUUCAGAUCCUGAAGCAGGAGUGGCCCAAGCACUGGCCCACAUUUAUCAGUGACAUUGUGGGGGCGAGCCGCACCAGCGAGAGCCUCUGCCAGAACAACAUGAUCAUCCUGAAGCUGCUCAGCGAGGAGGUGUUCGAUUUCUCCAGUGGACAGAUGACCCAGGUCAAAGCCAAGCAUCUGAAGGACAGUAUGUGUAAUGAGUUCUCGCAGAUCUUUCAGCUCUGCCAGUUUGUGAUGGAAAACUCCCAGAAUGCUCCUUUGGUACACGCCACGUUAGAAACUCUGCUCCGGUUUCUGAAUUGGAUCCCACUGGGCUACAUCUUUGAGACCAAACUCAUCAGCACUCUAGUGUACAAGUUCCUGAAUGUUCCAAUGUUUCGAAAUGUGACGUUAAAGUGUCUGACUGAGAUCGCAGGUGUGAGUGUGAGCCAAUAUGAGGAACAGUUUGUCACGCUGUUCACUCUCACCAUGAUGCAACUCAAACAGAUGCUGCCUCUGAACACGAACAUCCGUCUGGCUUACGCGAACGGGAAGGACGAUGAGCAGAACUUCAUCCAGAACCUGAGCCUGUUCCUCUGCACCUUCCUCAAAGAGCACGGCCAGCUCAUAGAGAAAAGGCUCAACCUGCGUGAGACGCUUAUGGAGGCUCUGCAUUACAUGCUGCUGGUGUCUGAGGUGGAAGAGACUGAGAUCUUUAAGAUCUGUCUGGAGUACUGGAACCACCUGGCAGCAGAGUUGUACAGAGAGAGUCCAUUCAGCACCUCCACCUCCCCGCUGCUGUCUGGCAGCCAGCACUUUGAUGUUCCACCACGCAGGCAGCUCUAUCUACCUGUACUCUCCAAGGUGCGUCUGCUCAUGGUGAGCCGGAUGGCAAAACCAGAGGAGGUGCUGGUGGUGGAAAAUGACCAGGGAGAGGUGGUGCGAGAGUUCAUGAAGGACACUGACUCUAUCAACCUGUACAAGAACAUGAGAGAGACACUUGUGUAUCUGACCCAUCUGGACUACGCCGAUACAGAGCGGAUCAUGACAGAAAAACUUCAUAACCAGGUGAAUGGGACGGAGUGGUCCUGGAAAAACCUGAACACACUGUGCUGGGCCAUCGGCUCCAUCAGCGGAGCCAUGCAUGAGGAGGAUGAGAAGAGAUUCCUUGUCACUGUCAUCAAGGACUUGCUGGGAUUGUGUGAGCAGAAGCGAGGAAAGGAUAACAAGGCCAUCAUUGCCUCAAACAUUAUGUACAUCGUUGGCCAGUACCCACGAUUCCUGCGCGCACAUUGGAAGUUCCUCAAGACUGUAGUCAACAAACUGUUUGAGUUCAUGCAUGAGACCCAUGAUGGGGUGCAAGACAUGGCGUGUGACACAUUCAUUAAAAUUGCACAGAAGUGCAGGAGGCAUUUUGUGCAGGUGCAGGUCGGAGAGGUCAUGCCCUUCAUCGAUGAGAUCCUCAACAAUAUCAACACCAUCAUCUGUGACCUGCAGCCUCAGCAGGUACAUACGUUUUAUGAAGCAGUGGGUUACAUGAUUGGCGCUCAGACGGACCAGGCUGUACAGGAGCACCUGAUAGAGAAGUACAUGCUGCUACCCAACCAGGUGUGGGACAGCAUCAUCCAGCAGGCCACCAAGAAUGUGGAUAUCCUGAAGGACCCAGAGACUGUGAAACAGCUAGGAAGCAUCCUGAAGACCAACGUAAGGGCAUGCAAGGCUGUGGGUCACCCGUUCGUCAUUCAGCUGGGACGCAUCUACCUGGAUAUGCUCAACGUCUACAAGUGCCUCAGUGAGAACAUCUCUGCAGCUAUCCAGACCAACGGUAAGAGUCUGUGUGAGAUGGUGACUAAACAGCCUCUAAUCAGAAGCAUGCGCACGGUGAAAAGAGAAACUCUUAAACUCAUCUCAGGCUGGGUCAGCCGUUCCAACGACCCACAGAUGGUCGGAGAGAAUUUUGUUCCACCUUUGCUCGACGCCGUCCUGAUAGAUUACCAGCGGAACGUUCCGGCGGCCAGAGAGCCGGAAGUGCUCAGCACCAUGGCGACCAUCGUAAACAAACUGGGCGGCCACAUCACAGCCGAGAUUCCACAGAUCUUUGAUGCUGUGUUUGAAUGCACGCUGAACAUGAUCAACAAAGAUUUUGAGGAGUAUCCAGAGCACCGCACACACUUCUUCUACCUGCUGCAGGCGGUGAAUUCCCACUGCUUCCCGGCGUUCCUCGCCAUUCCCCCGGCACAGUUCAAACUGGUGCUGGACUCCAUCAUCUGGGCCUUUAAACACACCAUGAGAAACGUGGCUGACACUGGUUUGCAGAUUCUCUACACGUUGCUGCAGAAUGUGGCCCAGGAGGAGGCGGCAGCUCAGAGCUUCUACCAGACAUACUUCUGUGACAUACUGCAACACAUCUUCUCCGUAGUUACGGACACAUCACACACGGCCGGUCUGACGAUGCACGCGUCUAUCCUGGCUUACAUGUUUAAUUUGGUCGAGGAGGGUAAGAUCAGUAUGACCCUGAACCCUGCGAACCCCAUAAGCAAUCAGGCUUUCAUCCAGGAGUACGUGGCGAACUUGCUGAAGACGGCCUUCCCUCAUCUGCAGGAUGCCCAGGUGAAGGUGUUUGUGACGGGGCUGUUCAGUCUGAACCAGGACAUCCCUGCGUUUAAAGAGCACUUGAGAGACUUCCUGGUGCAGAUCAAGGAGUUUGCAGGUGAGGACACUACAGAUUUGUUCCUUGAGGAACGUGAGGCAUCUCUGCGCCAGGCCCAGGAGGAGAAGCACAAGCUGCAGAUGUCUGUCCCUGGAAUCCUCAACCCUCACGAGAUCCCUGAGGAGAUGUGUGACUGAACAGACACACUGUGUGUGUGGGUGUAUGUGCGUGUGUCUCGUGCUGGCGCCUUAACGCAUUUAAACACAUUGCUAAAGACAGCAGUGUCCAGGCUGUCUGGUUUUGAGGCCACUGAUUUGUGUGUGUGUGUGUGUGUGUGUAAGGGUUGAGUGAGUCUGAGAGUGUGUUCCUCCUCUACGGAGGCAAUAUCUGCACUUGGCUGUCUUUUGACCAAAUCAAUGCCAACCUGUAAAAUGAUCCAGUCACCCAGUGGCCCUUUUUACAUAACCUGCGUUUUAUAUGGACACUCUUUUUUGUGUAAUACCUCUACAUAAUUAACUCAAGUUUAUGUUUGGUCAGUUAACCUCAACGCUGCAUGGAGUUUUUCUCAAAGCUACACGUUUUAACUUGUUCUCUCGCUUUCUCUCUCCCUCUCUUCCUCCUCUGCUUACACAUCAUGUAUUAGUUUAUAUAUUAUAUAUAAAAUUGGGAGUGCAGGUUUUUUUUGUUUUUGUCUUGCACAUGCGUCCACAUGCUAACGCGGUGAUGAGGAAUCUCAGAUUUUGGCCGCUUAGGAGAUUAAUUCUAUGCUUCUCAUGCUAGACCGACUAAACAAAGGUUUUAUAGAGCUAAAGGAAAAUAUAAAACAAAAGGCGUGUGGAGCUUUUUGGUUUAGUACAGUUCAAAAGUGGGUUUCUUUUAGUUGAACAAAGAAAUACGUUAUUACCUCCUCAGAAUAACAAUUAAUUGUAAGCUGAAUCCUACAGUUUAGUCAAUUUGACUGUAGCAAACGAUCACGUUUAUUGGACUGAGUUUAAAAAUCAGAUCUUUUUAAAUCUGGGUAGCAGUUAGUGAUCGCUUCCUGUAAAGUGACCGUGCUGUCCAAAUCAGACUAAAAAGGUUCAGACUUAACAUAAGCGGUUACUGAACGAGUCCAAGAUCGGAUCGGAUCGGAUCACUUGUCUAGACCUACCCUACGAUUCCUCAUCACUAUGUGUAUGUGUGUUUAAGUGAAAAAAGGAACAAGCUGUGAGGUUCUGCGCUGCUCGCAGCCUGCGGAAGAAUGUUGAAAUUCAUGAAUGAAUCCGAAACAAAGCGAUGAAGGUCUGUUGGACGCUGCUCGAUCUCGGCAGCGCUAGCUUCCUGGUUAGACCUGGUUAGCAUUCUCGCUGUCCAGUGGCUUUAUAUUAUAAUGGACGCAUCAUCACUAUCGAAUAGCAGCUUUAUUACCAUGGGAACACUUGGAUGUUUCUUCCUGUUAGUGUUUUUUUUGAUUGUGUGAGUGUGUGUGUGUGUGUGUGUGUGUGAUUGUGUGCGCGCAGUUGUGUGUGGGUGUGCUGUCGCUUAGCCGACAUCAGGUUUUUUUGUUUUCCUCAAUGAGGAUGGUGGCUCCUUUUGUGAGCUUUCAUUAAAUCGAAGUUUAAAAAAACGAAAGUGGUUGAAAUAUUUAUGGGUUUAUUGUAGGCUGCGUCUUUAUACCUGCUCUCAUGUUAACUCAUUCAGAGACAGUUAUGGAGGUUUGUUUUUUGUUUUGUACUAAUUUACUUUGUUUACCAUGCUGUAGUGCUUUAAGUCACUACGUAGAGCAAAUAAAGAAAUAAAAAAACA